AUGCGGCUUCUCUUCCUGCUGUUUGGGCUGAUAGUAGUAGACGGUCUAUUUCAAGAUGAAGUUGGCUCUUAUGACUGGAUUAAGCAACUGGUCGGCACUCCAGUUCACGUUCAAUUUGGAGACGAAAAUCUAUCAGAUUUCAUAUAUUUGUCUACAGAAAAGAAUGCGGUCGCUGCUAUCAACUCGGCAUCUAACUCCAUCGUCUGGAGACACGUAUUACUUCCAAAUGACCAAAUUCGAGCCAUGACCGUGUCCAAGAAUGGUGUUUUGACUUUAUCUGGAUCAUCUCAUCCAACUCUUCGGCUAUGGGACGCUGAAACUGGGUAUUCAAUUUGGGAGAGUGUCGUGGAAGCAUCAGAUUCAAGUUGCAAUGGGUUUGAUCUGACCGUGGUUGAUGGAACUGCAUACACUCUUACAAAUGGGCUCACUAUCUCCAAAAUCAACGUCAAGUCUGGAGAUAUUGCAUGGACAUCAUCACCAGUCAAAACACCUGCUUGCUUGUCGAGACUGGUCGCAGACUCUAAAGGAGCUCAAGCUGUUGGAAGCUCGGCGAAUAGCACCGACGGAUCUCUCAUUAGUGCAGUAUUAGAUGCCACUACUGGUGAAACAAAGGGCAUCACUGUCACCAAAAGUGCUCAUAGCGCAAACACAGAAUAUGAGUUGGUGGGGUCAGUAAAAGAAGUGUUAGUAGUCUACGUAGACGCUAAGGGCAAGAGUUGGUUGUCUCCUCUGGCCGAGUCAAGUCGUCCAAUAGCUCUGGAUGUCGCAUCAUUCUCCGAUGAUUCCUCUGCAAUUUCAGCAGUGUCUUCGAUAUCCUCAUCGUCGAUUCAUCUUGAGUUUGUUAUGACGACUGUUGCUGGAUCAGUCUUUCUAGUGAAGCCCAAAACUAGUGGUAUUGAGCUUGUUCGCAGACUCAAGCCAAUGGGAUCUCAAGCAUCACCUGCUUUGUUUGCAAUCACAACCGAAAAGGAUAUUGCCGUAGUUGCGGUUGAUACGAAAGAUGACUCGACGAUCUCGAUUGAAACCGUUGCUAUGGGCAAAGGCCAACCAUCAAAACCGAUAUUGAUCCCUUUUUCAGCCUCCGAGUAUGGCACAAUUACCAAGGCAUUUGCAUCGAGCAAAACAGGCUUGACCAAACUGUUGAUUGUUAGCUCUGAUGGAUCGAUACACUUUGUGCAAGGCAAUGAGCUGAAAUGGUCUCGUGAUGAGUCUCUCGCUCAGAUCACACAUUCAGAGUUUGUUGAACUUCCAGCUCCAUCGCUACUAUCAGAAGAAUUGGAUGAAAUGGACGAACCUGCGUCCAAGUCAGCAGCUACAAACCCAGUUACUCGAUAUGCUAAACGCUUGUCAACUCAUAUCAAGAAGCUCUCUGCUGCUGUCAAUCAAUUCGUCGUGUCGGCACCAAACUCUCCUCAAGAAGCUGCACCCGUCCAGAAUGCAACUCAAGACUUGUAUGCAUUCCGCAAAUUGUUUAUUGUAACGACAAGCACUGGAAAAGUGUUGGCCUUGGAAACAAAACAUGGUCAAAUAAUCUGGUCACGAAUGUUUGGACUUGGAAUGGGCAAAUUUAUAUCUGUCAAGACACUUCGUGCUUCUUUUGUGAAGUAUCCACCCAUAACAGCUUUGGUGGCUGUGACAGAAACAAGUACAACCAUACAUGAACUCAACGCCUUGACUGGAGAAACCAUAACAGCCUCCGUGUCUCUGUCUAGCGUUACGGAGAAAGUAGUAGUCCUUCCCAUUGAGACAACGCAAGACAGACUACAUGUUUUGGCAUUAGUUGAUACCAAUUCUAAUGUCCGCUUACAUCCAACAUCUGAUGAUACAGUGAUGCAGUUUGAGAAGAUGAGACCAUCCUUUUAUGUAACUGCCGGGCUACGUGCUGGGUCACAAACCAUCUAUGGCAAUGCUUUGGGUCCUCUGAAUCGAGAGAAGGGUUGCUUUGAAGCCAGUCAAAUGUGGGAAUUCUCAUUGCCAGAGGGUGAAGUCAUUGCUAGUGUGUCGGAGAAGGACAGGAAUGAUCAUAUUGCAUCUAUCGGUCGAGUGCUGGGCAAUCGAGCCGUCUUGUAUAAAUACUUGAACUCCAACCAAUUAGCCUUUACCACUCUCAAAACGAGUGACACCGCAACGACAGCCUCUGUAUAUCUCGUUGACGCUAUUACUGGAGCAUUGCUAUAUCAUGCAGUCCAUGCUGGAGGUGGCAAUCUAGACUCGAUCCCUUCAGUUCAUGUCAUCCAAUGUGAAAAUUGGGUUGUAUAUUCCUAUUGGAAUCAUGGACCAGACGCUGCUGAGUCUGUUGUGGUAGCAGAUGAAGCCCCUGAAGGUGACGCUAAGACUCCAAAGAGAAAGUCUGGCAAGAAGAAGGCACAACGUGCUUCUCUUCCGGAGGUCAAAGCUAUGGAAGUGGUGGUCUUGGAGUUGUUUGAAAGUAGUAAGCAGGAUAAACGAUUCGAGGGUGAUACCUUCUCGUCAUUUGAUGGAUUACGGCCGGAUGUGCUCUCAGAAGCAUAUGAAUUCCCAGCUGGAGUAACUGCCAUCGGAGUGACAAGGACUCCAGCAGGAAUUUCUACUCGAGAUGUCAUAUUCGGCACUACCUCAAAUCAACUGCUCGCCGUGAAUAAACGUGUCUUGGAUCCCCGACGACCCAUAUCCUUGUCGGCCGACGACAAGGACGAAGGCCUGGUCCAAUACACUGCAUACAUCCAACAUAAUCCAAAGGAGGUCUUGUCGUAUCAUCUAGAAGUGGCAGGUGUAUCUCAGAUUGUAUCUGCACCCAGUAUACUUGAAUCGACGUCCAUUGUCGUAGCUUACGGUCUUGAUAUGUUUUGUCUACGACGAGCACCAUCAAAGACCUUUGACUUGCUGAGUCAAGAUUUUAAUCGAGUGAAUUUGGUUGUGACCAUGAUUGGUUUGGCAGUUGCCAUUUUUGUUGCACGAUACUUUGUUGCACGACGGAAUUUAAAUGCUGCUUGGAAGUGA